AUGAGAUGCCUGAUAGAGACGGAGAUUGAUUUCUUACUUUCUAGAACCUCCAUGUCCGCAUUCAGCUCGUUAUUUGACAAGGCAAAGAUAGAUAAGGACUUGGAUUCCUUGUUCGCCAGUUCUGCUGGCCCUGUUACAAAACAUGACGUUAAGCCUAGAACCGUUAUUGAGGUGCCUCCAGCAAAAGAAGAGGAGGCCAAGUCCCAACCCACCGAGGAGCAGGAGGAAGUGAACGAGAAGAGAGAAAAGCGCAAAUCCAAGAAGGAGAAGAAAAAUAAAAGAAAGACCGAGGAUGAGAAUGCAAACUUGGAAGCCGAGUACUUCACUCAGAUAAUGAAGGAAGAAAAGAAAACCGAGAAGACCGAUGAAACAGACAAACCAGAGAAGGCUGAAGAAAGUGAAGACAAUGAUGACUCUUCAAGUUCUGAUGAAGACGGAGACAUUAAAAAAGAUGAAGAUGAAGGUGCAGAAGAGGGUGCAAAGGACCUGGAAAAGAAAAAAAAACUGAAGGACACGCGUGCCAAAAGUUUAGACUUGAAAGAGGAACAGCUAAAUAGUGCUGAGAAGACUGUGUUCGUGGGAAAUGUUUCGAACAACGUCAUUACCUCGAGACAAACAUACAAGCAAUUUAAGAAGCUUUUCAAGAGCAUAGGAAAAGUGUCAUCGAUCAGAUUCAGAUCGAUUGCUUUUGAUGAGGCUGUUCCAAGAAAAGUUGCAUUUGUCAAGAAGGCCUUGCAUAGCACAAGGGAUACAGUCAAUGCUUACGUUGUCUUUGCAGAGAAAGAAGCUUCUAUGAAGGCCGCCUCUAGAUUAAACGCUACUAUUUUCGAUCAUCACCAUAUUCGGGUGGACCAUGUGGCUCACCCAGCACCUAAAGAUAAUAAGAGAACCAUUUUUGUUGGAAACUUGGACUUUGAGGAACAAGAGGAGAGAUUAUGGCGCUACUUCAAUUCCAAAACCAACGACGAUGUUGAGAGUGUUCGUAUUGUGAGAGACUCGAAAACGAACCUUGGAAAGGGUUUUGCUUUGGUUCAAUUCAAGGACUCUCUCUCAGUUGACAAGGCGUUGCUUUUGCAUGAAAAACCCAUGGUUGUCGAAGGAGACGUCAAGCAAAAGAGUAGAAAGCUCAGAAUUCUGCGUGCCAAAGCCUAUGCUAAACCAUCUAUUCUUUCACCUAAUCAUGUGGACAACGUGCGAAAGCAAAAGAAGGUCAGAGGUACUUUGACCGACGAGCAGAAGACCAAGUUGGGCCGUGCGAAGGCACUUUUGGGCAAGGCUGACAGAAACACUGCAGGAAAACUUAUUGUUGAAGGUUCGAGAGCUGCACCAGGCCAGAAAAUCGCUGGUAUUAAGGGAUUGAAGAGUGCUAAGGGCAGAGCGAAAAAGCCUAGAGUGACUGACAGAUCCGCCAGAUUUAAGAAGGACAGGGAAGAGAUGGCCAAACAAGCGAAAGAUGCUGGUGCCAAAACAGGCAAAGCAGGCCAGAAGAAGGAUGAAGACAAGAGAAAGAAACCUUCUACCAACAGAGUUCACAAAUAA